AUGUUUGUGCAUGGAAUUAAGCCUGGUUCCAGUGAAGAAGAAGAGGAGGAAGAUGUUAGGGACAUUUUGCAGAAACGGCGAGAAGAAUGCGAGCGCAAAGCGAGAAGAGGGGAGAUGGAUCCCCGUCUGGAGUUUACUUUCCAACUCCUGAUCGAUGGCACUGGACUUCCUCGUCAUGCAAUAAUGGAUCACGUUUUCGAGGGAAAUAUGAUACUUAGUGAGAGUGAACAAUUGCGACGCGAGGUGGACUCCAGCGGACCCCAGGAUGAGUUGGAGUAUUGGAAGAAAAGAGGCGCGCAAUUUUCUCAACUUGUGUCUUAUUUACAGGUCAGUCAGAAAAUCUUAAUCACAAAAUUAAGUGAAAAAUAUGACAGAGUGUUGAAGUACAGUGAAAAGGAAGUUGACAAAAUAAUGAAGAUGUUUAAGCGGCAAAAGGAUGAUCCGCCGUUGCCCCGAAAUUAUUCCCCAGUUGCAGGUCGCAUAAAAUGGGCGAGAUGCUUGAUGUACAACAUGACAGAGACAGUUGAAAGUGUAUCCGCCCACCCCGUGCUUCGCGCGUUGCCUGCCGCCGCCGACAUGAUGCGGAAAUACGCGGCCACUCGCACUCUGAUUCACACCUACGAAGAGACUAUGCGCGCCGUGUGGAUGAACCAGAACGUAAGGAAAUUCUUGCCCACAUGG